AUGCCUCCAUCAACUGACAGCUCUCGACGAAACUCGGAGGAAGGCUUUAGUGAUGGGUUCAAAUUGGAUUCGUCGGCGCUCAACAAACCACCAGAGGAAGUUUUCGAUAUUGUUGGGAAAUUGGGAGAAGGAUCAUAUGGAAGUGUCCACAAGGCAAUACACAAAGAAUCUGGUCAUGUGUUAGCGAUCAAGAAAGUUCCGGUGGAUACUGAUCUUCAGGAAAUCAUCAAGGAGAUUAGUAUAAUGCAACAGUGCAAGAGCAAAUACGUUGUGAAGUACUACGGAUCCUAUUUCAAAAAUUCGGAUCUAUGGAUCGUUAUGGAGUACUGUGGCGCCGGAUCCAUAUCAGACAUUAUGAGAGCCAGGAGGAAACCUUUGUCGGAAAAAGAAAUAAGUGCAGUUCUACGGGAUACGCUUAAAGGAUUACAGUACCUGCAUGACUUGAAGAAGAUUCAUAGAGAUAUUAAGGCAGGCAACAUCCUCCUGAACACUGAUGGAAUCGCCAAAUUGGCUGAUUUCGGAGUUGCUGGCCAGCUCACUGACACAAUGGCAAAAAGAAAUACAGUAAUAGGAACACCGUUCUGGAUGGCGCCUGAAGUGAUCGAGGAGAUUGGUUAUGACACGAAAGCUGACAUCUGGUCACUUGGAAUAACAGCAAUUGAGAUGGCUGAAGGACGUCCUCCAUACUCGGACAUUCAUCCAAUGCGUGCAAUUUUUAUGAUCCCUACAAAGCCACCGCCGACAUUUAAAAAACCAGAAGAGUGGUCAUCAGAAUUCAACGAUUUCAUUAGAUGUUGUCUUAUUAAGAAGCCUGAAGAAAGGAAGACAGCACUUCGGCUCUGUGAGCACACGUUUAUUGAGAACGCACCAGGAUGUGAUGUGUUGCAAGCGAUGAUAUUAGAUGCCCAAGAAAAAGUGCUGCUCGGACAAGCUCCUGUGGCAGUCGCCGGAGCGGAUGCCACGUUACUAAGCGAAGGAAUGUCAACGAUGAUCGACGGUGGAGAUGCGACUCUCGUGCAGUAUAAAGAUAACUAUGUGACGGCGCAAAGUCUUCGAAGCCAGAUGGAAAGUUUGAAAAUUGGAGGAGAAAUUCCAAAAUCUGCUUAUGGUUCUUCUCGAAACAAUGGAUCGCCACGAGUUCAGCCUCCGGGCCACACUGCUAGUGCUUGUGAUCCAUCCAAUAAUCCACCUUUUGCUGAAGAGGGAACGGGACCAAAUUUCCAAAUUGGUACCAGUGAGAGUAGUUACAAAGAUGCAUCUUAUAAUAUGAUGAACACCGAAGCGGAAUACGAGAACAGAUUCCAGAGAGCCGUUUGUGAUGGAGAUUUUGAAUUUUUACGAAACAUUACACUGGAUGAGCUGAUUAGAAGAAAAGAAAGUUUGGAUUCCGAAAUGGAAGAGGAAAUUCGAGAGCUGCAGAGAAGAUAUAAAACCAAGCGGCAGCCUAUUUUGGAUGUUAUUGAAAUCAAAAAACGCUUAAAUUGA